AUGAAUUCUUGGAUGUUUUCAAAAAGUAGUCGAUCUUUAGGUAAUUUCGCGAGAGUGUGCGAACACGUCAAAUUCAUCGUGCAUUCUCCCAAAACGGAGCCUUUCGAGUCGAAAUUCUGCAACAACCAGACACUUCUUGAUGCGUGCGACACCCAAGGAAAUUACACAUUUAUCGUGCCUCAGUGGUUGGGCGGCGACAAAAUCAUUUGGAAAGAUCGUCUAAUUUCGACUUUUAUGAAUGCCACAAACAAUUGCGUCGUUUUUGUGGAUUACUCUUACUACACGCAGAAAAGUUUCAACGAACUCUUAGCACUUAAAGGCAACCUCACGACUUUCAUAGCACGCAAAUUGCGGUACUUUGAGGAGCUGGGCUUCAAUCCGGACAACGGAAUACUCUUUGGUUUUGACAUUGGAGCGCAUUUCGUGCUUGAAGCGGGCAUCAAAUAUGGCGUGAAGAAAAUUGGGCGAAUCGAUUGUUGCGAACCAAGAACCAAUGGAUUUACGUCGUCAGAUCCGUCGAUGGCGCAAACAGCAGAUGCCGCCAAACAUGUGCAAUGUAUGCACACGAGCGAGGAUUUUGGAACCGCUGAUCGAUUUUGUCCGCAUGACGUGAAUUUGGGUGUUUGUGGUAGGUCUCAGCCUGAAGACAUCUUUACAUGGGCCGGCAACGAUAUCAAGUGUAUCGAAUAUUAUGUUGCUUCGUUCAAGUAUGACUUUAAUUUGGUGACGCAGGCUGCGGUUGAACAAAAGUACUCAACAACGUGCGUACCUAAAAAGCAAGUUCCUGAUGUUUCGACGUACGAUCCGCCGAAGAAGUUUGGAUGGCAAUUCGAUUUUACUCUUUCUGAAGGAGAAUUUUACUGUAUCCCUAAUGCAACUGCGUCAGCAGAAAUAGAAGAUGGGCUUUAA